UAUUGGAAAAAGCAUCCAUCCAUCGCCGAUCGUUCUUCACCGUUGUUUACUAAUUCCGCCGCACUUGGAUACGUUGUUAGUGCUACUAAACCCGAAGCCCUUCUCAGAAAGGAAAGGAGCCACAUAAUAGCUUAGCUGACUAGUGCCGCAGAAAAAAGAACCCAAGAACACCGAAUCCCACCUCACUAAACUGCUUCAGAAUGAGCCAUAACAAGCCUAGACGCUUCAAAAAUCAUCAUCCUCGUCGUGGACAAUCUACUCGAGGCCAUAAAUUUAUUGGAGAAGAUGAAUUCUUGCCAGUCGACCCAGCUAAUGAAGAGGAGCCAACGCGUCCAAAUAUUCAGCUUGCCAUGUGGGAUUUUGGGCAGUGUGAUGCAAAAAGGUGUACAGGACGCAAGCUUGCACGAUUUGGGUUGUUAAAAGAUUUGCGUGUUAACAGUGGGUUUGGAGGCAUUGUCUUAAGUCCAGUGGGGGUGAAUUGUGUCUCCAAAGAAGAUCAUAGUCUUCUUAAACAAAAAGGAUUAGCAGUUGUGGAUUGCUCAUGGGCACGGUUGGGUGAUGUUCCAUUUGUGAAAUUGCGAUGUGCUGCUCCUCGCCUAUUACCUUGGCUAGUAGCAGCAAACCCAGUAAAUUAUGGUCGACCAUGUGAGUUAUCUUGCGUGGAAGCAUUAGCCGCCGCUCUAAUCAUAUGUGGGGAAGGGGAAACAGCAGAUCUGUUGCUUAGUAAAUUCAAGUGGGGCCAUGCUUUUCUUUCCGUUAAUAGAGAACUUCUAAAACAAUACUCAGCAUGUGAGAAUAGUGCUGAUAUUAUUUCGGUCCAGAAUGCUUGGUUAUCGCAACAACGACAAGUCCCAAAAGAACCGCAUAAUGUCGAAGGUGCAGAUAAGUCGUCUGUGAGCGAACAUGACGAGGAUUCCGAUGAUUCAGAAGAUGGACUUCCACCAUUGGAGAAGAAUCUAAAUCACUUGACCUUGCAGCAAGAAAGCGAUGAAGAGAGUGAGUAAAAUUCAUACCAGAUGCUAUAGAGGCAAAAGGUUCAUGUAGAGACUAUAACAGUUCCCUGUAGUAAAGGAUUCAUCUAUUUUGCUUUGCUUUUUUACUUAAUAGAGAAAUAAGUCGAUGGUUUUUUGUAA